AUGAAGGCCGCACGGUUCUAUGGACAGCGUGACAUCCGAGUCGACGAUGGUGUCUCGCUGCCCCAAGUCAAGCCCGGCCAGAUUCUAGUGGACAUUGAAUGGUGUGGAAUCUGCGGAUCAGAUCUGCAUGAAUACCUUGCUGGCACAGCCAUCCCGACCGAAGGCCAUCCGCACUCAUUGACGGGCGAGCACCUGCCGGUCGUCAUGGGCCACGAGUUUUGCGGGCGAGUGCGGGAAGUGAGUGCGGGCAGCAAGCUGCAGCCGGGCCAGGCGGUCAUGGUCGACCCCCGACUGUAUUGCAAGACCUGCCAUCGCUGCCAGUCCGCCCAGACCAACAUUUGCACGCAGUGGGCAUUCCUCGGCCUCUCAGGCCUGGGCGGCGGCUUUUCCGAAGCGGUCGCGGUCGAGGAGGAAAUGUGCCAUGUUCUGCCCGACUCGAUCCCGCUGUCGCAUGCCGCCUUGAUCGAACCACUGGUGGUGGCCAGGCACGCGCUCAAGUCGGCGGGUGUGCCGUCGUUCGACCAUCUCACCAUUCUCAUCCUUGGGGGCGGGCCGGUCGGCUUGGCCAUCAUCUUCAACCUGCGCGCCCGGGGUGUGAAGCGCAUCUUCGUGUCGGAGCCGACGCAGAAACGUCAGAAACACACGGCCGUCCUGGCCGAUGAGGUCUUCAACCCUCUCCAAAUCAAAGUUGGGGACCGGUGCCGCGAACUCACGGACGGCAAAGGCGUCGAUCUGGUCUUUGACUGUGCUGGCAUCGCCCCAGGCUUGGUAGACGGCAUGGAUGCGCUGAGGGCGGGGGGGACCUAUGUCAACGUGGCUGGGUGGGAGGAGCCGUUCGUUGUUCCGAUGGGGCUCUUCAUGAUGAAGGAACUCGUCUUAAGAGUGGCCAUGGCCUACACCGACGAAGACUUCCGGGAGGUGGUGGAGGAAUUCGUCGCCGGCAAGUUCAAGGGCGCGGAGCAGAUGAUCACCAGCCGGAUCUUGCUGGAUGAUGUGGUGACGAAAGGGUUUGAGGAGCUCGUCAACCACAAAGACGACCACGUCAAGAUCCUGGUCACUCCCAAACCCGAGUGUCUGGCCAAGGCAUAA